AUGGCGGCCCUUGCGAGAUUUGGUGUACCUGAAUAUCUACGGAGGAUGGUGGACGACUACUUCACCGAGAGGGUCCUCAAUUUUAAGCAGCAAGUGAAACACAUCACAACUAAGGCGUCAGGGGUUCGAGCAGCUUUGUCUCGCCUCAUGCCCAACAUUGGAGGUCCCAAGCAGAGGAGACGAGCAUUACUGUCAUCGGUGAUUACGUCAGUACUCACCUACGGCAUUGCUGUAUGGGCGGAGGCCCUUCAAUUACAGCAGAAUCAGCGCAAAGUAGGGCCUGUCUACCGACUCAGUGCCCUUAGAGUCGCCAGCGCAUUUCGCACCGUGUCCAACGAUGCCGUGUGUGUUAUAACCGGAAUGAUGCCAAUUGAAGUGCUAGCCGAGGAACGAAGAUCCCCAUUCCAGUAA